AUAUUGUCCGCCAUCUUAGAUAGGGCGAAUUAAGUUAUUGUUGUAUCGCGAGUGGGAAAUAUAGGAUAAGUCGCCGAAAAUAAAUGUAUUCGGCAUGAGGACAUGUGUUUAGUGAAUAUCUAACACCAAUAAUCAUAAUGGAGGAGGAAUAUGUUGACGCGCAGGACUCUGGAAUGAACGAAGCGGUGAACCGUGGUAGUGAUGGUAACGACAAUAUUGGUGAUGGCUCGAAGGAUUUCGGUGAUAUGAACUAUGAUGAUAGCUACGAAGAUGACGACGGAGGCAACGGAUUCCGGGGUGGCCGCGGGCGUGGCAAUUUUAGAGGGCGGGGCCGCGGGCCGCCCCCCGGCUGGAUGAACGGGCCGCCGCCGAUGCGGUUCCGCGGGCGCGGCUACGGGCCCGGCGGGCCGCCCAUGCGCGGCCGCGGCUUCUUCCGCGGGCGGCCUCGCUUCAACAACAACUACGACAACAACUGGGGGCCCAUGCCGCCGCCCAUGAUGGGCGGGCCGUUCGGCCCCCCGCCGCACGGCAUGAUGGGGCCGGGGCCGAUGGGCCCGCCGCCGAACAUGAUGGGGCAGCCGCCCUUUGGGCCACCGCCGAAUAUGCCGCCGCCUAAUAUGCCAGCACCAGAACUGUGGGUAGAGACGAAGUCCGAAGAAGGCAAGUCAUACUACUACCACGCGCGCACACGCGAGACAACCUGGACGAGGCCGCAGGAGUCCCCGACGUGCAAGGUCAUCACACAAGCGGAGAUGGAAGCCAUGGCUGCCGCAGGUCAAAUGCCCCCGGGCGGCCUGGCCAACCCCGCCGGCAUGGGCAUGAGCGGGCCGCUGGGCGGCAUGGGCGGCGUGGGCGGCAUGGGCGGCAUGGGCGGCGUGGCGCCCGGCAUGAUGCAGCCGCCCGGCGCGCUGCCGCCCUUCAUGACGCAGCCCCCGCCCUGGCUUAAAGACGGGGGCAAGCCGGAGAACAGGAACGCGCCAGAAGCGCGCAGUCCCAGCGAGACUGACGACUCGCCGCCCGGCGAGCGCUCCCCCGCCCUGCAGCCGCCCAACGGCAACAUGAACUUCCCGCCGUCUUCGGGGUUCCCGCCGGGCGCCGGCGCCCCGCCGCCGCAGGGCUUCCCCAACAACCCCCCGCCAGGAUUCAACAAUCCACCCGGCUUCGCCGGCGUGCCCGGUGGGCCGGGCGUGCCCGGAGUCCCCGGUGUGGGCGGGGGUCCGGUGCCGGGCGGUCCGGGUCCGGGCGGUCCGGGGCCGGGCGGUCCGGGUCCGGGUCCGGGCGGCUUGUCCGGCGCGUGGGGCGGCUGGGGCGGCUGGCCGCCGCCGCUCGUCGCGCAGCCGCCGCCUAACUUGGCUACCGCUAACGUUCCUAAUUCCGGAGCAGCGACAGGCGCGCCCGGCGCCGCCGAGCCGGCCGACCUGCCGCCGGCCGCGCAGCCACCACCCAAGAAAGAAGAGACGGUGAUCCCGCCGGGGCUGGCGGCGGCGGCCGCGGAGUGGAGCGCGCACCGGGCGCCGGACGGGCGGCCCUACUACUACAACGCCGGCAAGGGCGAGAGCGUGUGGGAGAAGCCCAAGCCCAUGAAGGAGCUGGAAGGUGAUCCCCGCGGCGCUGGCGGCGGCGGCCGCGGAGUGGAGCGCGCACCGGGCGCCGGACGGGCGGCCCUACUACUACAACGCCGGCAAGGGCGAGAGCGUGUGGGAGAAGCCCAAGCCCAUGAAGGAGCUGGAAGGUAUGUGGUGCAGGUGAUCCCCGCGGCGCUGGCGGCGGCGGCCGCGGAGUGGAGCGCGCACCGGGCGCCGGACGGGCGGCCCUACUACUACAACGCCGGCAAGGGCGAGAGCGUGUGGGAGAAGCCCAAGCCCAUGAAGGAGCUGGAAGGUGAUCCCCGCGGCGCUGGCGGCGGCGGCCGCGGAGUGGAGCGCGCACCGGGCGCCGGACGGGCGGCCCUACUACUACAACGCCGGCAAGGGCGAGAGCGUGUGGGAGAAGCCCAAGCCCAUGAAGGAGCUGGAAGGUAUGUGGUGCAGGUGAUCCCCGCGGCGCUGGCGGCGGCGGCCGCGGAGUGGAGCGCGCACCGGGCGCCGGACGGGCGGCCCUACUACUACAACGCCGGCAAGGGCGAGAGCGUGUGGGAGAAGCCCAAGCCCAUGAAGGAGCUGGAAGGUGAUCCCCGCGGCGCUGGCGGCGGCGGCCGCGGAGUGGAGCGCGCACCGGGCGCCGGACGGGCGGCCCUACUACUACAACGCCGGCAAGGGCGAGAGCGUGUGGGAGAAGCCCAAGCCCAUGAAGGAGCUGGAAGGUAUGUGGUGCAGGUGAUCCCCGCGGCGCUGGCGGCGGCGGCCGCGGAGUGGAGCGCGCACCGGGCGCCGGACGGGCGGCCCUACUACUACAACGCCGGCAAGGGCGAGAGCGUGAUCCCCGCGGCGCUGGCGGCGGCGGCCGCGGAGUGGAGCGCGCACCGGGCGCCGGACGGGCGGCCCUACUACUACAACGCCGGCAAGGGCGAGAGCGUGUGGGAGAAGCCCAAGCCCAUGAAGGAGCUGGAAGGUGAUCCCCGCGGCGCUGGCGGCGGCGGCCGCGGAGUGGAGCGCGCACCGGGCGCCGGACGGGCGGCCCUACUACUACAACGCCGGCAAGGGCGAGAGCGUGUGGGAGAAGCCCAAGCCCAUGAAGGAGCUGGAAGGUAUGUGGUGCAGGUGAUCCCCGCGGCGCUGGCGGCGGCGGCCGCGGAGUGGAGCGCGCACCGGGCGCCGGACGGGCGGCCCUACUACUACAACGCCGGCAAGGGCGAGAGCGUGUGGGAGAAGCCCAAGCCCAUGAAGGAGCUGGAAGGUGAUCCCCGCGGCGCUGGCGGCGGCGGCCGCGGAGUGGAGCGCGCACCGGGCGCCGGACGGGCGGCCCUACUACUACAACGCCGGCAAGGGCGAGAGCGUGUGGGAGAAGCCCAAGCCCAUGAAGGAGCUGGAAGGUAUGUGGUGCAGGUGAUCCCCGCGGCGCUGGUGGCGGCGGCCGCGGAGUGGAGCGCGCACCGGGCGCCGGACGGGCGGCCCUACUACUACAACGCCGGCAAGGGCGAGAGCGUGUGGGAGAAGCCCAAGCCCAUGAAGGAGCUGGAAGAGCUACAAGCCAAAAUAGCAGAGGAGAAGGGCGAAAAACCAGAAAAAGACAAAAUGGAUAUCGACGGGAAAGUUGAAGUUCUCCCAGUGAUCGACGUAGAAGCGCACGCGGAGGCGGUGGCCGCGGCCGAGGCGGAGCGAGUCCGUCUACAGCAAGAGCGCGAAACAGCCGACCGCGAGGCGGCCGAGCGCGAGGCAGCGGAGCAGGAGAAGAAAGAGAAAGAGGAGAAGGAAAAGGAGAAAGCGAAGAGGAAGAAUAAGCCGAUCUCAAUUAUGCCUAUUUCUGGGACGCCCUGGUGUUUGGUGUGGUCGGGCGACGGGCGCGUGUUCUUCUACAACCCGACGGCGCACACGUCGUUCUGGGAGCGACCCGAGCAGCUCGUCGGCCGCGCCGACGUGGACCGCGCCAUGGCCUGCCCGCCCGCCGCCGUCACACAGGUACUACACACUACACCCGGCGUGGCUCGUGUCCAACCCGACACACACGUCCUGGGUCCCGAGCAGCUCGUCGGCCGCGCCGACGUGGACCGCGCCAUGGCCUGCCCGCCCGCCGCCGUCACGCAGGUACUACACACUACACCCGGCGUGGGUCGUGCCCAACCCGACACACACGUCCUGGGACCCGAGCAGCUCGUCGGCCGCGCCGACGUGGACCGCGCCAUGGCCUGCCCGCCCGCCGCCGUCACGCAGGUACUACACACUACACCCGGCGUGGCUCGUGUCCAACCCGACACACACGUCCUGGGACCCGAGCAGCUCGUCGGCCGCGCCGACGUGGACCGCGCCAUGGCCUGCCCGCCCGCCGCCGUCACGCAGGUACUACACACUACACCCGGCGUGGCUCGUGUCCAACCCGACACACACGUCCUGGGACCCGAGCAGCUCGUCGGCCGCGCCGACGUGGACCGCGCCAUGGCCUGCCCGCCCGCCGCCGUCACGCAGGUACUACACACUACACCCGGCGUGGCUCGUGUCCAACCCGACACACACGUCCUGGGACCCGAGCAGCUCGUCGGCCGCGCCGACGUGGACCGCGCCAUGGCCUGCCCGCCCGCCGCCGUCACGCAGGUACUACACACUACACCCGGCGUGGCUCGUGUCCAACCCGACACACACGUCCUGGGACCCGAGCAGCUCGUCGGCCGCGCCGACGUGGACCGCGCCAUGGCCUGCCCGCCCGCCGCCGUCACGCAGGUACUACACACUACACCCGGCGUGGGUCGUGUCCAACCCGACACACACGUCCUGGGACCCGAGCAGCUCGUCGGCCGCGCCGACGUGGACCGCGCCAUGGCCUGCCCGCCCGCCGCCGUCACGCAGGUACUACACACUACACCCGGCGUGGCUCGUGUCCAACCCGACACACACGUCCUGGGACCCGAGCAGCUCGUCGGCCGCGCCGACGUGGACCGCGCCAUGGCCUGCCCGCCCGCCGCCGUCACGCAGGUACUACACACUACACCCGGCGUGGCUCGUGUCCAACCCGACACACACGUCCUGGGACCCGAGCAGCUCGUCGGCCGCGCCGACGUGGACCGCGCCAUGGCCUGCCCGCCCGCCGCCGUCACGCAGUAUUUCCAACGCAAGGAGGCGUCAACGACGCCGACGGCGGCGAAGCCCGCCAACGGCGAACUCAAGCGCUCCGCCGACUCGUCCAGCGACGACUCCGACGCCGAACCCGCCAAGAAGGCCAAGCCUGAAGAAGCAGCAACGAAGAAGACGGUAUCGACGACGUCGUCGUCCCUCAUCGACGCCGGCAAGGAGGCGCGCAUCGAGGCAGAGGCGCGGGCGGCGCGCCAGCGGGCGCUCGUGCCGCUCGACCAGCGCAUCCGCGUGUUCCGGCAGAUGCUGCAGGAGCGAGACGUGUCCGCCUUCAGCACCUGGGAGAAGGAGCUCAAGAAGAUCGUGUGCGACUGCCGGUACCUGCUGCUCACCUCCGAGGAGCGCAAGCAGGUGUACAACAAGUACGUGCGCGAGCGCGCCGAGGAGGAGCGCAAAGAGAAGAAGAACAAACUGCAGCAGAAGAAGAAUGCCUUCAAACAGCUCAUGGAGGAGGCCAAGCUGCACUCCAAAUCGUCGUUCAACGACUUCUCGAGCAAGCACGGGCGCGACGAGCGCUUCAAGGGCAUCGACAAGCCGCGCGACCGCCUCUCCUACUUCACCGAGCACGUCGCCGACCUGCGCAAGCGAGACAAGGACGACAAGGAGAGGAAGCGAGACCAGGCUAAAACAGACUUCAUAGCGUUGCUCAAGGAGAAGAGCGUCGACCGGCACGCGCGCUGGGCCGACGCCAAGAAGAAGGUGGACGGCGAGGCGCGGUACAAGGCGGUGGAGAGCAGCACGCUGAGGGAGGACUACUUUAGAGAGUACUGUAAGAUUGUCAAAGAGGAGAGGAAGAAAGAUAAGGACCAGAAGGAGAAAGAGCGAGACCGCAGCAGCAGUAAGAAGGAGAAGAAAGACAAGGAGCGAGACAAGGACAAGGACAAAGAGAAGGACAAGGAGGAGAAGCGAGACAAGGACGGCAAGAAGGAGAAGAAAAAGGAGAAGGGUAGCGAGCCGGAGGCAGCGACGGGCUCCGAGGCGGAGGCGGACGCGGACGCGGAGGCGGAUGCGGGGGCGGGCAGCGACGCGGAGUCGGAGGCGGCGCGGGAGCGGGCGGCGCGCGCGCAGGCCUCCAUCAAGGAGCGAGAGAGAGAGGUGCAGCGCGCGCUGGCGACCAGUCUGCGAGACAGGGACAAGGAGAGGGAGUAUCAUAAGAGGGACGAGGCGGUGCAGCACUUCAACGCGCUGCUGGCGGACCUGGUCCGCAACCCGGACCUGGCGUGGCGCGAGGCCAAGAAGCAGCUCAAGAAGGACCACCGCUACACCGCCGCCGAGCUGCUCACCAAAGAAGACAAGGAGCGCCUAUUCGCUUCGCACACCAGCACGCUGGCGACGCGACGGCGCGACAAGCUGCGCGCGCUGCUCACGGAGCUGGGCGUGGCGCCCACCGCGCACUGGCGCGACGUGCGCGCGCGCCUGCGCGCCGAGCCCACCGCGCCCGUCUACACCAGCGCGGACAAGGUAACACACACUAGCACACUGGCGGCGCGACAAGCUGCGCGCGCUGCUCACGGAGCUGGGCGUGGCGCCCACCGCGCACUGGCGCGACGUGCGCGCGCGCCUGCGCGCCGAGCCCACCGCGCCCGUCUACACCAGCGCGGACAAGGUAACACACACUAG